AUGCCUCAUGCCAAGGCCUAUGUGAAACAAGCGGAUAUGCUUGAACAGAUGCAACAGGAGGCUGUCAACCAUGCCUACGAGGCCCUCCAUUGCAAUAGUCAAUACAUGGACAUUGCCAAACAUGUGAGAACCCAUUUCGAUCGUGUUUACGGACCCUCGUGGAGUUGUGUUGUUGGAAAGGACUUUGGAACGUCAUUCGCAUACGAAAAAAAACAUUUGAUCUCCUUUGAAUUGAAAGGCUAUACCUUCCUUUUAUUCCGAGGAGCAUAA